AUGGGAGCGGAAGACGCUCAGAUGGCCGCCGAAGGCGAGCUUUGCAGGAGGGAGGUGGAACGGCUCGAGAUAUCCGGAAGACUGGCCUCGCUGGCCACUACUGCGGAGCAUCGAACGCGAGGGUGCGUCGUGCUCAGGCGUCUGCCGCCUACCCACCCGCAGCACGAGCGGUGUUUGCGCGCAGCGACGGAGAACGUGAGGCCGGGUUUCUUUUCGAGCGAGUCACGGUACGGAGCAGUACGCGUGCUGGACAUCUACAAGAUGGAGAACAGGUUCUUGUUGGAUAGGUUCCAACGUGCCGCCGAAGCGAGGGAACCGUGCAAGGUCAAAGGACUUUUCUGUCACGUUCCCGAUGCAAGUCUGGAGCACGUCGUCUUGUAUGGAAUGGGCGGCACUGGCGCGCUGAUGGAUGAGUGCGGCGGUUACAGCUCUGGUUCUGCUUCAAAAACAGACGGCAAGGCGGGUCUUUUGCCUACGUAUGACUGGGAUCUAGAUCCGAUUGAUUCCUUUCUUGGCGCUCCGACGGUCGGAGUGUCUGGCGGAAGAGAAACUUCCGGCGGGAACAAUGGCAAACGGCCUUUGGAGUUUCCGAGAGCCUUCUCCCGCCACAGCACGCUCGAAGAAGAACGCCAGUAUGCCAACAGGAGCAGCUGUGGGUGCGACGAUGAAGACCGUGGGAUGCGGCAACACCACGCGUCCUGGUCUCUGCCGUCUUCGGGCUGUCAUCCGCUACAGCGGCAAAGACGGCACCGCGUUCCUGGCGAUGGGUCGCACGAAGACGGGCAAGAGAGGGGUGCUGUUUCCGGUCUUCGUUUCCUCGCCCUCUGCCGCGUGAUGAUUGGAAGCACGCACGUGGCGGCAACCACUAGCCCUGCCACGUGGGGCCAAGGCAAGGGAAAUGGCGGCACCCCGCCCCAUGACCCCAAGUCUUUGUCCCCGCGACAUAGAACGGACUCAAUCGCCCUGCAAAAACGGCAGCGGGCGUCGUCUCCUCGCUCUGCUGGGCGUCCUGCUGAUGAGUUCUCUCUCCCGACCCCUCCGCCGGGGCAAGCGGAGUUUGACUCGGUUUACUUCCCCCGAGAGGAGGAGUAUCGAAUACUGAACGAGGCGUUCGUAUUGCCCGAGUUUCUUGUCGUCCACCGGUUUGUUGCCGCUGAGCCGCCGUCGGGGCCGACCGUGAAUACUGAGGGUCAUGACCGUCAUUCCCCUCGCACCAACGCAAGCUGCGGUGUUGGUAAUGAUGAUGUUGCUGUUGCCGUCAUGACCGGGGGACGCGAACAGGAUCAACCAACGGCUGGUGUCCACCCCGUGCAUGGAAAGAAGGGGGCGGAAAAGGUUUCCGUGGCCGGAGGAAGGUGCAAGAGAGAAUAUCAAGAGCAGGGCCGGUGUCGUUUCCCCUCAAAUUGUGCCAAGGGUGUUGCGACACCAUCGUCAAUGCCGCCGAGACUGCAAGACGCUGCAUCUGUAGUGGAAGGAAUAGAGGCUGCAAUGGAAGGCCUGGCCUUGCCCCAACGAAACAACUUCCGUCCGUACACUGUCACUGGCAAUGAUGGUGUUGGUGGAGGUCCGACAGCCCGGGAAGCAGUGGCGCCUCCAUGUAUUUCUCCUUGCAGCAAUGGCUGUAGGGGUGAUGCUUCUACCUUAACUACGAGCCGUGAUGGCACCGUGGUUGGGGGACGGGCGGGAUCGUUGUCGACAACGCCAAACGUUGACCGUGGUGACGUGGGCACAACGAAAGGCAGCAGGCGGGAGAACGAACGAGCUAGACGAGACUCAAUCGUGUGCAGCGUCGAGCAAGAAUUCGAGCGCUAUUGGCAGGAGAUGAAUCGGCUACGGGAGCUACAGAAGAGCGAGGUUGUGAAGGGAGCGUUGUCAAGGGGAAAGUUGAGACAGCCACCAUAG